UUCAGCUUUUAAUACUUUCAAGCUUUAGUGAGGAAAUCGUUGAACUCUGUCCCCUCUAUAGAUAUAGAAAAAAGAAAGUAUGUGUGUUCGGGUGAUACAAGCCAAAGGUUCCCCACUUCCAUAAGGCAUGCUGAAUUUAAAAUGGAUACUUUGGAUCUUGCUAUUCAGAUUACAGGAGUCUUGUAAGGUUUGCCACGGAAGUUUUGCUUAUUGAUGUCUUACAAAACUUCAAGGCGAUGGGUUCCAGCUAUCAGCCGGCGACAACUCUUCACAUCAUUGUUUUUCUGCAGAUAAUUCAUUUGGUCACAGGCUCGUAUAAAAUUAUUCCUCCUGACAAACCUGUCACUGGCAUCAUUGGAAAAGGAGUCAUCCUUCCCUGUCAACUGAAAGUUAACAUAAUCCCUGAGAGACUUUCGGUUCAGUGGAUAUUUACUGGAAACUCCAAAAGGAUUGAUGUGACUACUUACGAUGGAAAAAACACAUACAAUCCAGUUCAUGAGGAUGAGACGUACCGGGGCAGGACAAACCUUUUUCAGUCUGAAUUUCAUAGGGGAAACCUGUCUCUUCACCUGAAAAACGUUACGCUCUUGGACAAAGGGAAAUACACCUGCAGUGUCUUUUUUGAGAACUGGUACGAUGAAGUGGUGGUUGACAUGAACGUGGCAGCUAAAGGUGAGGAGUCUUCAGUUUUCCUGGAUGGUCAUGUGGGCCAGGGCAUUGGCCUCACCUGCAAGUCACAAGGAUGGUUUCCAGAGCCAGAAGUAGUUUGGCUGAACAGCAAAGGACAGGCACGGAAGGAGGAAGUGACCACCCAAAGAACAAAGACUUCUUCAGGGGUUUUUGAUGUUGUAAGUUCCAUGAAUCUCGAACCAGGAUCUGACAAGGAAGUCUCCUGCAGAGUAGUCAAUAACCUACUCAAUGAUAUGUGUGAAUCUCGAGUCCUGAUUUCAGAUGUCUUCUUUCCUUCCACUUCACCUUGGAUGACGGCCUUCCUUGUAAUUUUAUUUCUUAUUAUCGCUGUUUCUGCUGCUAUAGUUUAUAAACUAAAAAGUAGUUUUACACAAUCCCGUAAAGCAGUAAAAUCGAGGAGGGACAUGGAAACAGGUAAAUACUCCUUGAAAACUGUGAGAAUAUCUUGAAAACAUAAAAUCAAAGACACUGCUCUAAUGCAUUUUCUUGGUCAUGAAUCUCAAAAAUAGCAGUUGUUAUUGGCAUAAAGGAUUCGAAGACAAUUGGCCACGUUGUCUUUUGUAAUUAAAAAAUAUUGACACCUUCAUAGGGAGCCUUAAAUAGAAUAAAUCACUCAGAAUAAAUCAGUCCUCUGAUGCUUGCAAGAUGCUGA